GCAGAUCUGACAGUGCGUGGAUGGUCCGCCGUGCAUCGCGCUCGUGACUCGUAGCACGCCGGCGCUCAGUCGAUCAGGAGUGGGGGCGGUGUGAGACGCGCUCCGCUCUCACGGCACCAAGCAGCGGCCGCAGCCGGAGCAGCGGUCAUGUGAAUCAGCUGGACGAGCGAGGAAAGGGACUGACAACAACAACAACGCUCCGUGUUUCUAGAUCGAGGUCAUAUCUGGUGAGGCAGCAGGAUGGCGGGGGCAGAGGUGUACACCCCUGCAAACCCCACCUGCAAGAUUAUGACCUUCAGGCCCACCAUGGAGGAGUUCAUGGACUUCAACCAGUACCUGGUGUAUAUGGAAUCUCAGGGUGCACACCGUGCAGGCCUGGCUAAAGUGAUUCCUCCUAAAGGCUGGAAGCCCCGUCGCACCUAUGAUGACAUAGAUGAUCUGAUGAUCGAUGCACCCAUCCAGCAGAUGGUAGCAGGCCAGUCAGGUCUCUUCACUCAAUAUAACAUCCAGAAGAAGCCACUUAGUGUGCAAGAGUUCAGGCGACUGGCAAACAGUGACAUGUACUGUACACCUCGAUACCUGAACUACGAGGACCUUGAGAGGAAGUAUUGGAAGAAUCUCACUUUCGUCUCCCCCAUAUAUGGUGCUGAUGUCAGUGGCAGUCUUUAUGAUGAGGAAGUAGAGGAGUGGAAUAUUGGCCACCUGAACUCAAUCUUGGAUGUUAUCGAAGAGGACUGUGGCGUAUCUAUUCAGGGGGUUAACACUCCAUAUCUUUACUUUGGAAUGUGGAAGACCACCUUCUCCUGGCACACUGAAGAUAUGGAUCUGUACAGCAUCAACUAUCUCCACUUUGGAGAGCCCAAGUCUUGGUAUGCCAUCCCUCCUGAGCAUGGGAAGAGGCUGGAGCGUCUGGCUACAGGUUUCUUUCCCAAUAGCUUCAAGGGGUGCGAGGCUUUUCUUCGUCACAAGAUGACUCUAAUCUCUCCUUCUGUACUGAAGAAGUAUGGCAUUCCCUUUGAUAAGAUUACUCAGGAAGCUGGAGAGUUCAUGAUUACGUUUCCUUAUGGUUACCAUGCUGGCUUCAAUCAUGGAUUCAACUGCGCAGAGUCCACCAACUUCGCCACUGUGCGAUGGAUAGACUACGGCAAAGUGGCCACACAGUGCACCUGUAGCAAGGACAUGGUAAAGAUAUCUAUGGAACCCUUUGUGAAGCGUUUCCAACCCGAUCGAUACGCUAACUGGAUGCUGGGCAAAGACUCAACACCUAUUGACCACACACUUGCAACACCCAGUACAACACCGGAGCUGCAGAGCUGGUUACAGAGGCGCCGCAAAGCCAAACCCACCAACAAAGGUGCUCGCCACUCUCGUAUGCGCUCCAAGCGACUCCGAACCACAGAAGAGCCCGUUGGCCUGGGAGGCAACUCGACUCUAAGCAGCAGCAGCAGCAGCAGCAGCAGCAGCAACAGGAGGAAAGAUCUGGGUGGUCCCUCUGGGCCCAAGGUACGAAAAUCUGUGUCAGGGACAACCUGCAAAGAAGAGGAAAAAGAGAAGAAAAACGGGCCAGAGUCAAAGCACAACCAGAAUCAGAACUCUGUUCAGCUUUCUGGUCCCUGCAGACAGAUGUGUGUUGUCAAGGUGAAUCGUGUAGAGAGUAAUAGUUUGGGACUUUCAAGUAAGGAGUCAUCUCAUGACUUGGACCAGGACCUCGUCCCCUCCCAUGCUUCGUCAAUAAAUAAUUACCUAAAGGCAGAGACAGUUGCUCAGGAUGACUCUCAACACCUGUCAGCAUCAGGUAUCGUCACCAGGACUCCUGAAGGACAAUGGCCUGACACUUCUCAGGUGGAUCAGAGAAAUAAUGACUUCAAGAGUCUUGUACCUGAAACACAAGAUCUCCUAACUUCUCAGGACUGCUCGUUAAGGAUUCCUCAACUGAACGUGAACAAUCCCAGCUCAUCUUCCCAUGCGAGAAACCCUUCUGCUGAGGCUGCGAUGAGUUUGUGUACCACUUGCCCUGAAGCUCAGGCAUCGCGUUCCUCGCGUACAGACACUUCGAGCCCGACGCCAAACACUAACAGCAUAGAUGCAGGUUUCGAAAAGUACAAAAACAACGUGGCAAAGAGAGAGAAAAUGAACACAGUCACUGAACCCAAACACAUCGGUUCAGCAUCCACUACACAAGCACUUUAUGAUCCCAAAACCGAGCCAGUAGAGGGAGACAGCUGCACAUCAUGUUGCUCUUUUGCCCCUUCACCAAGCAGUUGUAGGUUAGACAAAAUCUGCACUGAGGAGAACAUUUUCCCUCCUCUGCUACAGAACAGUGCUGUAGACAUGCCACAGCUGACUCCUGAGCCUACAGAUAAGGUUGGAAUCUGCCCUUUGCCACCUGUGUUGACCCAGGAGAUGCCCUCCCUCACUCCUGCUGAUGAUAGAUUAACUGAUGCCUCCAAAUCCACGAUGUGCAGCGAUCAGGUUGCACCUGUGCUACAGCGGGAGACUCCAACUGGCUGUUCACUGUCACAUAGAGGCAAAGAGGAAGUUAGGGAAACUCCCUUAAUGAUCUCAAAUGAGCCUUUCUCUGAACAACAUGCUAAUGAGUGGCAUUUACAGUCUCCAUACAGUUGUGGAGGGGCAGCAGUAUCUGGUUUGGAAAGACACACAACUGAUUUAUCUGACAAUGCUUUACACAAAGUAACAUCUGGUGGUGCCCAUGAAAUGCUAAUAAUGCCGGAUAUUGCUGCAGAAAAUGAUUUUAUGCAGCUGGAGAGUCUUACUCCUGGACAGGGCGAUGGCACCCCAGACCACUUAGUUUACAGCUCUGUGCCUAAAGCAUCAGAGGCCACAAAGAAAUGUAACUCCGAAGUCCCAUGUCAACGAGACUGUACGUUCACUCGGAGCAAUGCUGGAAGUCUCCUAGCGGGUAUCUCGAACCAUCUUCCCCCUCCAGUAUGCACCCAAAGCGACAGCCUCGCAGCUCUACAACUCCACAGCCAUACUACAUACCCAGGCUCACACUGUGCUUCCCGGAGUCCGUACAUGGAGGCCAAACCGUUCUCUAGCAGCAUCUGGAAAAACCUGAACUCCCAAAGUCCUGCAGUACUUAUUCAGAGUCUGCACACAGACCUCCCGUCAGACUUGACCCAUGACCCUCUGCCUUACACCAUGUGGACUGAACCUCAGUGCAAAGAAGUCACCGACCUGGAGGACACGGAGCAAGCUCUUGAGUCGGAAAACCGGGAAGAAGGGGGGCCUCUCACCUGGGCCCAGCUUGAGCCCACCUCUCUGGUCUCAGUUGGGGCUGUUGAGCCUUAUGGGGACUAUGAGGGCCACAGGGGGAGCGUGGAGGGGGCUGAGGCCCUCACACUCUGCAGGGAGCUGGGGAGACAGAGGGAGUCAGGGGGCCUAUCCUCACACAUUGCAGUUUCACCUCUUAGGAGGGGAGGCGGUGAACAGGAUGUUGUGUCUGACAUGGAUGAAGGCACAUCUGAUGGUGAAGAGGAGGAGCAGCAAAGUAGCGCCAAGGGAGACAGCAGUAGCGACUCAUCGGACGAGGAAAAAUAUACUUGUAUCAGUGAAUGUGAUGAAUCGGGCCUGGAACCUGGAGAGGUUUGUGCUUACCCUGGCCUGUCGAUGAAGAGGACCACCAAGAGCUGGCGCCACCCACUCAGGAAACCGACCGCACGGGCUGUACCCACUGCUGUCAAACAACAGGCCGCCAGUGAUGAUGAGCCCCCUGAGGCAGGCCUGGCAGAGGAGGAGGAGCAGGAAAUGGAGGUGUGGGCGAAGCCGCUCGUCCACCUGUGGCAGAACAGGAAGAACUGCUUCACGGCAGAGCGAGAGUACAACGCUAGCGUGGCCCCCUUGCAGCCGUACUGCGCAGUGUGCACGUUGUUUAUGCCCUAUUAUCAGGCUGAAGACAAAGCAGAGGAUAGCACAUCUGUCAGCGCCGCAGAUGCCUCCAGGUGUUGCCCUUCAAACACGGGACUUGCACAUCCCUGUAUGGGUCUGAGGAGGACCAAGCCCCUCAUCCCAGAGAUCUGCUUUUCUUUUCGGGAGCAAAACUGCCCCCCGACUCCCACUAACCCUCUGUUACAAGAAGAUGGCACCUCCCCUCUGCUCUACUGCCAAGGCUGCUGCCUGCAAGUACAUGCAAGUUGCUACGGUGUUGCAGCAGAUGAUGUCAGUGAACGGUGGUCAUGUGAUCGCUGCGCAGAAGGAAGCUUUACAGCAGAAUGCUGCCUCUGUAACCUUAGAGGUGGAGCGCUGAAGAAAACUCAAAAUGACAAAUGGGCUCAUGUGAUGUGUGCGGUAGCGCUGCCGGAGGCGAGGUUCAGCAAUGAAGCCAAGAGGAGUCCCAUUGAUACCAGCAGGAUCCCUAUGCAGCGGUACAAACUGAAGUGCAUCUAUUGUCGUAAGCGCUGCUCAGGGAAGCGGCAGGCGGGCGCUUGCAUCCAGUGCUCGUGUGGUCGAUGUCCCACCUCCUUUCACGUGACCUGUGCACACGCCGCCGGAGUAACGAUGGAGCCCGAUGACUGGCCCUACGUCGUGUCCAUCACCUGCCACAGACACCAGUCACGGAGCUCGGCAGCUAAGCAGCGGGCGUCCCAGGCGUCUAUCUGUCUGGGCCAGACGGUGAUCUCCAAACACAAGAACCUGCGCUACUACAGCUCCAAGGUCACCCAGAUCACCUGCCAGACGUUCUACGAGGUCAUGUUUGAUGACGGCUCCUUCUCAAACGAUACCUACCCCGAAGACAUAGUGAGCAGGGACUGUGUGAACUUGGGUCCUCCUGAAGUUGGGGAAGCUGUUCAGGUGAAGUGGCCUGAUGGACUGUUCUACGGUGCCAAAUACCUGGGAUCAAACCUCUCCUACAUGUAUCAGGUGGAGUUUGAAGAUGGGUCUCAGGUGCUGGCGAAGAGAGAAGAUGUCUAUACGCUGGAUGAGGAUCUGCCUAAAAAGGUGAAGCGUAGACUUUCCACGGCUUCCAGCAUGCGUUUCCAGGAUGCCUUCUUCACCACACAGGGGGAGAGGAAACGACAGAGGACGCCGAAUUCACGCUUCCAGAAAGACUAUGUGGCCCUGCCAGGCCUCCGUACACCUGCCAAAAGCAAAUGGGAGCAACGCAGCCACAAAGGGAAAUGAAGUCAUGGAGGAAGAUCCAUGACAAGCGAAUGCACUGAAUUAGCAGUGGAUGGUAGAGGAGAUAGUUUGAGUGAGUGCGAGUAUGUUUGUGUGCCAGAUUUUGAUCUUUUUCCAUCUUGACAAGUAUUGCCCACACAAACCUUGUGAGUACAUGAUAGGAAAUGUGAAAGGGAAUGAGUGACUUGAGGUAGACUGAUACUUUGUUGCGUGUGCGUGUACAUUAUACAAUCAGUGACUGGCAGUUGGGCGGUGCAACAGGCCGAGGAGGACUCGAACCUAGGGCAGCGUUGCCUCCGUUGCCUAGUGCUUCACAUUCAUCAGGGAAAAUCAACGUGGCUUAACAAUUGUCACAUCACCCUUUUUAAAAUACACAAAAGCUUUGUUUUCUUUGUACAUGAAAAAUUCAGAGGUGAGAUUUUUCUAAUUCGCUUGCCUACGGGAGCUUUUUUUGGGGAGGGGGGUUGUUUGGUCAUUUUCAGGUUUAGUUUUGAAUAUUUCUGCACUUUGCUUGUAGUAUUUUCCUCAUGUCUUACUGCUUCUUCCCGCAUGUUAAACAUCGUCCGCUACCUGCUUUCGCCGGGUUGAGUCUGAUUAUACCAGAGUGGCUUCCUCUCUGCACGCUUUGUAAUUCACACUGACAAAACUGAAUUGCAUGAUUUGACGCUGGGAGAAUGAAUCAUGGGAGAAUAAAGACAAUGUUCUGCAUGUUAAUCGCUUCUCAAGGCAGAAGAUUCAGAGAGGAAGCCAUGGCUGCUGUUUGGAUUGGAUGCCCUAUUAACGUAAAAUGCUACUGUUGCUCUGUUAAAUGAAACACUGUUGAAAUUAUUUAAAAUUUGUAUUUAUUUUUGGCUUGCUAUAGUUAAACUAUUGCUAACUGCUGUAAUGAAAAAAAUAAAAAAUUACGUAUGUUUUUUUA